AGUCAAUGGUGAAGUUAACGGUAAAGUUAACGGUCAAGUGAACGGUAAAGUUAACGGUCAAAUUAACGGUUUUGUUGUUUUGGCGGCCCGCAGCACCCUGUGUCCUGUUAGCUAAUAAACUGCUAUCGUCUCAUAGUAAAGGGCAGGAGUGUCCGGCGCCAGUGUCUGCCCCAGUUACAGACACACACCAGUCUGAAGUCACUCCCACCUCCCAGUGAGUGAACUCUCAGUCCGUUUGACUCCUAAAGACCCGUCGAGUCACGCAGUCCUGUUCAAUGCACGGAUUUAUGAGUGUAUGCUGAGUUUAUACCUGCCAGCCUGUUUACAACCCGAUCCAUCUGUUUGAAAUGAACAUUUUCUGUGAACCACCUGCGAGCUGUGAAAGGCCCGGCAUGGAUGAGGCAGAGACGUACCAACAAAGGCUGCAAGCCAUAGCGGAGAGGCGUCGACAGCAGGAAGAAGAGAAGAAGCUGAGGAGGGAGACAGAGGAGGAGUGGUUAAAGACGGCCCAGAAAAAGAGGAGAAACUUGAGGGAGCAGUGGCUCAGCGAGACACCUCCACCUCCACCUCCUGUCCUUCCUUCACUCGACAGCUCGAGACCCUGUCCACCAUUACAGGAAGAAGCAGACGAGCGCACAGCAGCUCAAAAGACGCCUGAGGACGAGGAGGAGCAGCAGGAGAAGGAGGAGCAGGAGGAGGCAGCUGAUGCCAGAAAAGAACAAGCGUCCAAAGAAGAAAACAAAGAAUCUGUCAACUGUACAGCUGCAGCCAGAUCACACAGCUGCUAUCAGGCUGGCACUGACGGGGACGUACAAGAACAUAAAGAGGCUGAGAAUCACUUCUCCAUACUAAUGGCACAAAGGAUGUUUCAUGAGAGUGGGCAAGAUGGGCGCUCAGUCCUAGGAACGGUGGCGGUGCAGGUUGAGAGAGACCCCAAGACAGGUGCUACCGUCGUCAGGUCAGUGGCCCCUGUGUCCGCACCGGCUGGUGCUCCGAUGGCUACCACUGUCUUCGACGAUGGUAGGAAGAGUAUCCACGCUGUUGGCGGGGUGGGAGGUCAACCCUCAACCGAAGAGCUCGGACAGAUCUUGAGCGUUAUCGAUGGGGUCGGGAUGAAAGUGCUGCUGGAUGAGGUCACUAUCUCACCAAACAGAGCAGAGACAAAGAUAGAGAAUGCAGAUGCCAAUAGAGCCCCAGAGGGAAAAGUCCUGUCUUUUUCUACCCAUCAUGCCAUGUCAGAGGAGGACAGCACACAGUUAGACAUCUCUAGAAGCUACGACAUGAAAGCUGAGCUCGGCAUAGAGGACUGUGCUGCAAGUAUGGGAAACAAGGAUGAUAAACAAGAGGACAGAAGCACCUUGGUGCUUAGAGACGUUGCAGGAGAAGUAGUUAACGUGGAGGAUCCAAACUUGGAGGACGGCCCGGUCACUCUUGUGUUCCUUGGAUACGCUGAUUCUACAGACGACCAAGGUCAGGACCAAGAGGACCAAGGCAUGCUCACUGUGGAACGAGUGAUUAUAACAGACGACGGAGAAGAACUCGUCAUCGGACCUGAAACGUCUGCUUCACCUCAGGCAGAGAAAGAGUCCCAAGACCAAGAAGUGUUUCAGGACGUUCCCCUGGAAGGAGACGGAGCAGCAGGAGUUAAAGCCCAGCCAGAGGAAGGUGAUAAGGGGCUGCAUAACUCCUCUUUACCCACAAUAGGAGAGGGUGGAGGCACAGCCAAGCGUAAGACCUGUAAGUGUUGCUCUGUCAUGUAAGAACAUGAUUGAAGUGAGAGACUCCCUCAUCAGCUUUAAUCGUAUCAUUUGUAUUAUCGGUGCCUUCCGUUAUCCACUAUAUGCUGCAAUGCUGCCUUAAUGACUAAUAUGAGAGAACACACCGCCAUCUGGAAAUAACUUUGAAUGGUUCUGGCUCUGAGCGCUGAACACUUCACCUUCGCCAAAGAAAGAGACAUUUGUUAUGUGGCAUGUCUUUUAAAGCAGCUGUGGGCCGACAGCAGCUCUGAGGGACUACUAAAAUCCACUUCCUCCCUCUGGUGGACAAAGCCAUGAACUUCAACAACAUGUCCUCAUCCCAGGACUCGCUCUGUGCUUCAGCAGCCAAACUCAUUUUAUGUGUUUAGAAUGUUUCACAGCUUUGUGCACACAUUUUAGUACGUGACUCAUUGUGUCUACUUUUAUGUGAAUGUGAAGUGAAAUAUAGUGACGUGUGUAACAUCCUUUGAUACUUUUCAAACUGUACUUUCUUACCUGUUACUCUUACUACUCAGGGCUGUAGCUACCACUGAGCACACAGAGGAUUAGGAGCUUUCAAUGUCAUGUAUUGUACAUGUUGAGUUUCUGAAGCUCGGUUCAGUUCUGUAUUUUAGUGUCAAAAUCCUUAAACUAAUAUUCAACAUUUUAGACAAUAUACUUUGUUUUCUUGAUGAGCGUUAGAUGAUUGAUAGCACUCUCACAUUUGUAUGAAGCCGCAGCUAGCAGCUGGUUACCAUAGCUUAGCUCUCUGAGCCUCCCCUCAGACAAACACCUGAACAUAAAACAAGUCUGUCCUGAGGCCUUCGUUACAUUCUGUCUCUGGGGAAGUUGAAAAAACAGAGAAUGCUUCAUCUCUCUCUAACCAAUCACAUAGCUUUAGUCUAUUCUAACCCCUCUUUAACACUGUGAUAUGUACUUUAUGAUUUAAACAAACAACAUAUGAUGUGUUAAUCAGUGAACUUUAGAGGUGCUAGUAGGUGAACUUUGUUACUUUUGUACAGGGCCAGGCUAGCUGUCUCCCCCUAUUUCCAGUGUUUGUGCUAAGGUGCCGUUACACCAGCAUCAUAUUUAGUGUACAGACGUGAGUGAUAUGGAUCCUCUCGUCUACCUCUUUCCCAAAAUGUCAGACUAUACUUUGUGAGCUAUUUUAGACUUGAAACACAGAUGAAAGUUUUAUAAUCCUGGAGGUGCUAUUGUCUUAAUAGUAUAGGGAGGUAUAAUUAAAUUUGGUUUCUCUUUAUUUAAUAUUUUUAUGUAAUUUAUCAGUUAAACUUAACAUUUUAUGGACUACUCAAAUGUUUGGAGCAGUUACACUGGGGGUUAUCCACAUUUUAAAAUCUUGCUACAGCACAACUAUCAGCUAUUAUUCUUUGUAUCACUGCAGUUUGCUUCAUUGUGGAUGUUAACUGGAAUAUAUGACCAUAAAAAACAAU